AUGGAGCAGAUUUUCAAAACUAUCCGGAAGCUUGUUACAGUCGAAAAACAUUAUCUAGACAGGCUAGGGUAUGAUGACUCUGAGCAGGGUACAUUGUACACGAAAUUGUUGAGACAAGAAGCUCAAAUGAAGUGGACAUAUAAUAUCUAUGCGAGUGCUGCCAAUUGGGCGCUACUUGCCGGGUAUCUGGUCGUACCGGGCACUUUUACAUCUUUAGAAGAUUCGGAUGAAUUGAAACAGUCAUUGAAAGGUAAUUAUGCGGGGCGUAUGCUGUUGAGCACCAUACAAAACCCUCCAUUGUUGGUGAUAGCCUGCCUUUUCUUUGCCAUUGGAGCCAUAACUUUGGCAUGGCUUUUCAUCAGCUUCAGGUAUAGCUAUCCGUGGCUAAUUAACCGAAUCUUUAUGCCAGCUCUGAUGAAUGCCGUUACCGGAUUACUGAGCACCACGGUCAACGUAGUGACCUCUCAGUCUGGUGAAUGUUCAAUAAUGGCUAUCAUGACUUUUCUUAUCACAGGUAUCACCUUUUUGAUAUCUCUGGCGCUCUUUGUUUGGUAUAAGCUUUUCAAGUUGGGGAAAAUAAUCAAGGAUGACAAGAUGGCAAACCUGGGCGAGCCGGGGCAACUAUCUCCACAUGGGGUGGAGAAAUAA